AAAAUAAACACUUUGCUAUAAUUAGUUUUGGCAAAUCAAUUCCUCUUCAGUUUCUUGCAGUGUAGUCACAUUGACCGAGUUUCGUUUUACGUUUUCCGUUUUCCACUUCAAUUAGAGGCCACGCACGUGUCUGACCCCCAGGAGCAACAGGUUGUGGUCAAAUGCAACUGUUUUGCCAUAUAAAAAGACCAACGUCAGUCGGUCAGCAACAUCAGUGAGCGUGCAACAUGAGUGGGGCAACAUUAACACCGCUUAUUAUGCUCAUCUCUUUGGCUGUUGUUACUGCACAGCCAGCAGGCUAUCCAAGUGCUCGUCCCCCGGCCACGUAUUUGCCGGCCAAGCCACCAGCACCACCGCCACCGAAGCCACCACCAAAGCCAGCACCACCCAGCAACAGUUAUGGUCCACCCAAGAACGGCAAACCACCGGCGCCACCCAUGAAGAGCUACGGGCCACCAGCCAAGCCAGCGCCUCCUCGUGAUAGCUACGGACCACCGCCAAGCAAUGGCAAUCAAAACUACUUGCCGCCCUCUAACGGAGGAAGGGGCAAUGGAGGUGGUGCCGGGGGUAAUAGUGGUGGACAGGAUAUACCCAUUAUAAAACUGGAGUCGAAAAUCAACAGUGAUGGUUCUUACAAGUACGAAUACGAAACAGGAAACGGCAUCAAGGCAGAGGAGAUGGGAUAUCUGAAGAAUGCCGGCGUGGAAGGUGCCGAGGCGCUAACCGUUGAGGGCUCCUUCUCCUACAGCAGUCCCGAGGGCGAGCAGAUAUCGUUAACCUACAUUGCCGAUGAGAAUGGAUUCCAGCCGCAAGGCGAUCAUCUGCCCACACCGCCGCCCAUUCCCAUCGAGAUUCAGGAGGCACUGGACAAAAUUGCAGCUGGUGGCGGCUGUCAUGGUUGCGAUGACAACGAAGCUGGCGGCGGUGGCGGAGGCGGUGGCAACAAUGGAGGCUACGUCUAUCGCUGAAAAAUAGGCGCCCACUCUAAAGGAUCAAAUACAAUUGACACAUUGGCUGUAAACAGGUUGCGGCCUACUUAUUUAAGAACAAGCAAACACCAAAAACCAAAAUUUGGCUUGUGCCGGUCUCUCUCUCUCUCUCUCUCUUUCUGGUGUGGGUUUGGUUUUCAGAU